AUGUCAAGGCUGCCUCAGCUGCGCCACAGGGUUCUGCUGCAAGCAACCUGCAUAUGUGGUUCUGCUCCAUGGCCCUUCCAAGACCAAACAUCGUUCGGGCGCCCAGGAGUCCAACAGACACAGGCUGUCCACGAUGCUAUGUCUAUCCUGCCUUCCUUCUCGACCUCCAUCGAAGUUCCGUGCGAAGCUGCCGUCUGCGGCCAAGAGCGAGACGAGGAACCCAAGAACUCCAUCUCCGUAUCCGGAUCAGAGCAGAACAGUGCUCCUUCAUGCACGGUCAUCACAUCAAUUCCUGGAAGAUGUGACAGACAAAUGAUUUCAACAGCCUCUGGCUCGAUUCCAGUCCAGAUCGUGUCAUCAGACCGUUUUACCCCCACAAACGGCACUGAAGGCAGCGGAAAGAUCGCAGAAGAGCAUAGACAGAUGAUCCAAGGCCUCCUCGAAGAACGCAGCCUUCAACUAUUCGCCACGUGUACAUUGGACGCUGAGCCCGCGGGACGGAAGUCGAACCGUGUUGCGUCUCAAUUGUUUCGGCCAUGUACACUAAACAUCACCGUCUACGGACCCGGCGAUCUCUUCGAAGAUAUUGGCGCUUGGUUUCAAGAUUACGACUUCUACCUUCAGGAUCCUCGUGAAGUCCACCUCGACACCAAGUACUGCAACCCUCACAAACUCUCUGUUGAUGGCUUUGAUUCCUGCCCCACGGUAUCCGAAGUCGUCCAACAGUCUUCCAGGCCGCUUUUGCUCCAGGACGUUCCCGAUCGACCGGAUCUGCUCGAUCUCUUAAGCAACGGCAGCGAGUUGGAGGAGACGCAGCAGCCCCUGGUGAUUCGCGCAGUCUUGAAAAAGCAUCAGAAGCAAGCUCUGACGUUCAUGCUCCGUCGCGAACGAGGCUGGGCUUUCGGAGAGAAGCAGGCCGACCUCUGGGAGCAUCUGGAUGUUGGCCACGGAGAAGUGUCUGGGGCCCACCAAUACGAGCAACCGCCUCCAUUCUACGGAGGGAUCAUUGCCGACCCAAUGGGCCUUGGCAAAACACUGACCAUGAUCUCUUUGGUGGCCACCGAUCUAGACGCCAUUCACGCGGCAGAAAAUGUUGCGUUGGACGCUGACGAACAAGCCAAGCCUCGCGUCUCGGCCACACUCAUCAUCAUCCCACCUCCUUUGAUUGGAACCUGGGAGGAACAGUUAACAGAGCAUGUCAUGCCAGGUGGUAUGGAAUUCCGGCGCCAUCAUGGGAAAACCAGGCUUAGCAACAUCGGCGAACUCGAUGGUGUCAACAUAGUCUUGACGACAUACCAUACAGUGUCUGCGGAGUGGAAGCCUGACAACCAACCAGCCAGCUCCGUAUUGUUCUCAGUUCGAUGGCGGCGGAUCAUUCUGGACGAAGCACACUUCAUCCGUAACGGAAACUCCAGGAUGGCCCGGGCAGCCUGCGAGCUGGAUUCGGUCUCCCGCUGGGCAGUGACAGGCACACCCAUUCAAAACCGGAUUAGCGACCUUGCCGCGCAGCUCAAGUUCAUCCGGGCCUAUCCGUACAACGACCCGAAGCAGUUCGAAGCGGACAUUUCGCGGCUCUGGAAGUCUGGGGAAGACGAAGAGACUGCCAAGAGACUGAAGUGCCUCUCCGCUUGCCUCCUCUUACGACGAGCCAAAGCAACCAUCAGUCUCCCUGCUCGUCGCGACAUGACGUGCCCGGUCGACUUCAGCCGCGAGGAGAGGGCGGCAUAUGACGAGGCGAGGGAGCAGACAAUCACCAGGAUUGACGAAGCCCUCCACACGGACUCGGAAGCGUCAAGAGCGGGCGUGUACGUGAACGUCCUGCAGCAGAUCGAGUCCCUGCGCCUGAUCUGCAACCUCGGACUGCAUUACCGCACACGACGCAACCGUGCGGCACCGAGCUCCUCGGCAUCUGACGAAUGGGCCGCCGCAGCGCAACAGGCUUUCAAUGUCCAGCGUGAAAUGGGUCCAAUUUUCUGCUUGCAAUGCUCCUCGACGACAAGUCUCACCGAGUCUCUUUUGGACGACAGCCACGACACGUCUCCCUCACGGCAGCAACCCCAUUUUUUCCGAUGCUUGCGCUUUACCUGCGGAGACUGCGUACGGAAGCUGCAGAGAGCGAAUCAGACGCUGGAUUGCGGCCACAGGCCCUCGUGUCUCGUGGCACCAGUCUCUAUCAGCCGCACCGUUAUGGAAGAGGUCCCCGCGGCGGUGUCCGAGACGGCGUCGACGCCGCGCACAGCUCUGCCCUCGAAAGUUCAGGCACUAGUGGCGGACAUUAGCGCUGUGCCGGCCGAUGUCAAAUGCUUGACCCUCACGGUGGCCUCGCGAGCUUACUUGAUGGAGCCUCACUGGAACCCAACCCUGGAAGAACAGGCCCUUGCCCGGAUCCACCGAAUAGGCCAGACACGAGAAGUGACAACGGUGCGAUUCUACAUCCGAGACUCGUUUGAAGAGCGAGUAAUGGAGCUGCAAAACGUCAAGCAGCAGCUUGCUCGCGUGCUGCUCUCCCCUCACGACGGGGAUCAGGGCGAUGAUAGCUUUGGGGGUCUUCAUAAACUAAGAGCACUACUCUGA